AUGUUGUCCUCUGCUUUGGCCAUCUUCGGCCUCCUGGCCGCGGCCGCCUCCGGCCAACCCCCGCUGCGCCACGAGGGGGUCUCCAUCUUCUCCGACUUGACUCCGGCGGAGCUGCGGGCCGUCCGCGACUUUCUGCUGAGCCGGCCCGAGCUGGGCCUCCAGGCGGAUCCAGAACCCUCCCUGGCCAAGAACAGCCUGUUCCUGGUGGAGCUCUUGACCCCGAAGAAAGGGCGCGCCUUGCAGUACCUGGAGUCCGGGAGCGCCGCCCCGACGCCAGGCCAGAGCCGUGGUCUCUUCGGGGCCGAGGCGCAGCCCAAUGUCACCGAGUACGUGGUGUGGCCCCUGCCCGAGCCCACCUCCUACCAGCCCUGGGAAGCCGGCGCCCUUCGCGGCGCGGCCGAUGUCACAGCUGGAGUUUGGGCUGCUCUCGCAGCGGCUGGCGGAGAGCUUGGCUCCGCUGCAGCAGUUCCUGCUGGACGCCUCAGGCUUCGGCUUCGGGAACUGCGGCGACCGGUGCCUGACCCUGACGGAGGUGGCCCGCGGGGCCUGGCCUCGGGCGAGCGCCGCACCUGGCUGAUGCUCCAGCGCCGUGGAGGGCUUCUUCCUGCACCCGGUGGGGCUGGAGGUCCUGCUCGACCACCGGGAGCUCGACCCGAGCCUCUGGCAGGUGCAGAAGCUGUGGUACAACGGGCGCUACUUCAGCAGCGCUGAGGAGCUGGCCCAGCUCCACGCCUCGGGCGCCGUGCCCGUCGUGCCUCUGCCGCCGCACCCGGACGAGAGCCUCUUCUCCACCUUCGUGCCGCGGGGCGCUUCUGGCGGGGCCCCCGACGGACGCGCACGGCGCCAAGGUGUGCGAGCCGCAGGGCCACCGCUACUGGGUGGAAGGCAACCUGGUGGAGUACAGCGGCUGGAGCCUGGCCUUCCGCCUGCGCACGUCCACGGGGCUGCAGCUCUUCGACGUGCGCUUCAACGGGAGCGCGUGGCCUACGAGGUGAGCGUGCAGGAAGCCAUCGCCAUCUACGGGGGAACACGCCGGCCGCCAUGCAGACCAAGUACAUCGACGUGGGCUGGGGCAUGGGCCCGUGACGCACGAGCUGGCGCCCGGCGUCGACUGCCCCGAGGGGGCCACCUUCCUGGAAGCCUACCACCUGUACGACGCCCGGGCCCCGUGCGCUCCCGCGCGCCCUCUGCGUCUUCGAGCUGCCCACGGGGGUCCCUCUGCGCCGCCACUUCGACAGCGACUUCCGCGGCGGCUCCCACUUCUACGCGGGCCUCGAGGGCGCCGCGCUGGUCCUGCGCACCAUCUCCACCGUCUACAACUACGACUACAUCUGGGACUUCCUGCUCUACCCCAACGGGGUGCUGGAGACCAAGGUGCACGCCACGGGCUACGUGCACGCCUCCUUCUACACGCCCGAGGGGCUCCGCUACGGGAACCGCCUGCACGAACACCUGCUGGGCAACAUCCACACGCACCUGGUGCACUACAAGGUCGACCUGGACGUCGCAGGUGGGGCCCUCGCUCGCUCGUGGGAAGGGGCGUGGGGGGAGUCGGGGAGGCCCUAA